AGGGGGUGCUUGAACUAGCAGAGAGGCCAGAGUGCGCGUGCGAACACGAGGUUUCCAGGAGGGAAAGAGGAUCAGAUAAGCACAUUGUGAAUUGACUUCGAGGAUAUGCUUUGAAGAGGCAGAGAAAGGACUGUCCUUUUGGCAGUCACAGAAUCGCCAUGAUUCUCCAGAGGCUCUUCAGGUUCUCCUCGGCCAUUCAAUCUGCGGUCUCAGUCUAUCUGAGGAGGAAUAUUGGCAUGACAGCAGUGGCAUUUAAGGAGCUUGAUCCUGUACAGAAACUCUUCGUGGACAAGAUUAGAGAAUACAAAACUAAGCGACAGUCGUCUGGAGGACCCGUUGACACUGGCCCAGAGUACCAGCAGGACUUGGAGCGGGAGCUGUUUAAGCUCAAGCAGAUGUUUGGGAAAGCGGACAUGAAUGCGUUCCCUGACUUCAAAUUUGAAGAUCCCAAAUUUGAAGUCAUCGAUAAACCCCAGUCCUGAAGAAAUGUAAAGUUUAUCUGGUAAUUUUCACUCGAUAAGUUGUGCAAGUGGUCAGAAGUACCGGAAUAAACAUACAUUUCAACAGCUGUCGGAUGUUCUUUAAUUCUGAUUCCAAAUAAAUUAUUUGAUGAUGUUGGGUGUA